CCUCCAAUGUAAACAAAAGUUAACGUGACGCAAUUUUUCACACCCACGUGCCCAGGGCCUCAUAAAUAAUGCCCACCAGGACUCACAUGACCAGAACAAGUCCUUUACACCUGAGGGAGAAUAUCUGAACUUUACCUGGGCAUAGACUGACCACCGGGAGCAAAACGAAGGGCUUCAAGUAUCAGAGAGAGGCAUUGACCUGAGAUAAGGAAGGACUCGCCCAACGCACACCUGUUGAUGGUGGUCAGUUCCCCUCACCUGUGCCAUGACCUAGGUAGAGGUCACCAGCAUGAUAGUGCGAGGGCAAGGUGCAAGGGAGCGGGAGGCUGACCCUGGCCGUGCCUCCGUCAGGAUCGCCGCAAUUCCCAGCACAUCAUUAGGGGCAGAUGCCUUGACCUCCAGUGAUGAUAUAUUUUCUAAUGAGGCUGUGAUGAUAGGAGAGUGUGACGGGGAGUCCCACAAUACUGCUGCCACUCUCCACUACUGCAGGAGACGAAUAUUAAGACCUCGAGAUAUAAUUUCCUCUAUUUUGGGAUACCGACAGUGGAACAAGGAUGGUGCCAACAACCAGACACCUUGUAUGCAGACAUUCAACUUCUUAUAUUUUGUUCUCUUCUUCACCUGUCUUGGAUUUGGACCUGUUCUGCAGUAUAAUGUUUGCUUGAAAAGAGACCAGGGCAUUGGAAAUCAGUAUACGAGGAGUCAAAAUGUGUCCUCAAAUGGGCAUGAGGAGAUCCAAUGGUGCUCGGGGAGUCUGAUGUUUGUGUAUGUUGUUCCUAGUUUGCUGUUUAUCUUUGCGUACCUGGUGACGUGUGUUGUGCUGCGCUUUGGGGAAACAGAGCACCUUCAGACGCUCCUGGAGAGGGUAUAUCUCUUGGCAUCCUGUUCACCAUGGGAGCUGACCAAGCAGCGGCGCAUCUGGUGUACAUUUGUGGUGUGGCUUGUGGCGGGGUUGGUGUGCCUAGUGUGGUCCCUUGCUUCCAUGUUGUUGCAUGUUGCUGCUGCCUCACACAUCCCCUACUCCUUCAUCAUUCCAAGAACGAAAUCGGACAAGGUUGGUCUGUGGGUCGCAUCGCUGGGGGUUUUGUGGCUACAAGACAUUGUUGUGGUGAUGAGUGUGCUUCUUUACUGCACCCAAUGCCACCUCCUGUCCCAGCUCCUGCAGCUCACCAGGACAGCCAUAUACCAGGGUGAUUCCUCACUCAUCAUCAUCAAAAAGCAAGUUGAAGAAACGUCAAGAUUUCUGCGACACUUGAACCAGGAGCUGGGUCUGAGUGUUGGGCUCUUUCUCUGCCUGCUGGGCUUCAGGGUGACGACAGGUGCCAUCAGCCUCUUCUAUUACUUGAGGCUGUACAUUCAUCCUGAGAAGAUGGUAUGGAAGUGGGGUGGUCAGGAGUCACAGCAAACCUUUCACUUACUGGCGCUGGUGUUCAACCUUCUGCCGUGGCUGGUGCUGACUGUCCUGCCUCUCUGUACUGCUGCCAGGGUCUCCAGCAACUACAGAGCUCUCAAUAAGGCUGGCAGUCAGCUGCAUGGCCGACCCUUUGGCUACCAAUCCACGCCACAGCAAGAUCUGGACUCCUUCUUGUUGUACGUUACAAGCCUGCACCUCCACGCCAAGAUUCUGUGGAUCCCAGUCCGUACGUACUUCCUGGUGUCUGUGUUUGUCAUAUUUGUGAUGUCCUUUAUCAUUCUGAGCUACCUUUACUUCUGAUUGUGUAAGGCAAGUGUUUGACAGCAAAAUGCUGAGCCAUCUCAUUACAGCUAUAAAUUGUGUGUGUGUGUGUGUGUGUUUGAAUAUCAAAAUAUAUGAUAUUGCAUUAGAAUUCUCAGAAAAUUACAUAUUUGCUGUCUGCUAUACAUAUUGAUAGACACUUCUAAUCCUUGAGAUGAUUAUUAGAUGAAAACCCAAAUACUCAAUGAUAGGUAAGAAAACUGUUCACAGUUUGAGUGCAGCAUUCAGUAACAUACACAAUGUAUGUUGCAUGAUGAAUGCUACAUUUUCAUUAUCAUUAUAAAGAUCUGAUGUCCAGAUUUAUCUAGUGCCUGAAAGUAAAGAAGGUUUACACACUGCUGCUCCAUAAAGCUGUGAUAUACGUCCCUUGGAGUUAAGGAGAUAUUGUUAAGAUGGAAUGGCUGCAAACAGCUGAAAUAUAUUGUUGCUUUCACUUGUUAAGAUUUUUGUAACAAAAGUAAUGUGUGUAUCUUGUACCAUAUCAAACAGCUUUCUUCUGGUAUUAUAUAGAUAUUUUAUUCUAUUGUGGAAUUGUUGAUUUGUGUUUUUGUACUGUCUUGAGUGAUGACAACUCCAUGUGAGUUCUUCAAGGACUUUACAUUAGGAUUGUUUUAUUCUUCCUGCCUGAGAGUAAGGAAAUCAAGUUUACCAGAAAAAAAACAUUGUUUGCAAGUUAUUUGGAAGCUUGCAUACAGUGUGAUAGCAGAAAAGCUGCAAGUGUUUGAUGGAUACAGUGGAUACAGAAACACAGCUUAAAAGCUUGAUUUGCUUAGCUUGAUUCAGACCCUGAUACAGGUAAAUAGUGCUUCUGAAAAGUGUUAGGAGCACAUAUAACAAUUAAGAUUAUUAGCUUUCAGAUUUGCUUUAAAAGUGGAACACUUAAUGCAUGAUGUGUAAUGGUGACUGGUUGAGAAAUGGCCUGGUCCAUUGUGAGGUCACCUGAGGUGUAGCAUCUGUGUGAUGACUGGUUCAUGUUGGGCCUUUGUUUUGUUCACGGUGUGUCUCUCAUGACUGAAAGUCCUCAUUCCACCAACCCAUAACAUGUGUGUAAGCUGACAGGGCUCACUGCAUUUUGAUAAGAUACACAUCUCAUAUUAACCAUCCUGCUUUUUAAGCAUUGAUUAAUUAUAGGAUCAAUAUCCAACUUUUAGUAACAAGAUUAAUUUUUUGUACUUGUAAGGUUAAGAUCUGCUGAUAUGAUGUAUAGACUGUGAUCACAUUGAAACAUAAAUGUUGGACUUCAGAAUGUAAGAUAAGGGGAACUGUGAGAAGCCAUCAGGUCUACAGGUGGCAGUCUGAUUGUGGAGGCUAUGAUAGGAUCCUGAUACCUUUAGUUACCCUGGUGUGAAGGCUUCCAUACCUUGGCAGAGUACUUGUGUAGUAUGUAUGUGCAUACCGCCACAAUGGACCAACCCAUCAUGAGAGGUAGGGCAGGGAGAGCAGUGGUGGUGGGUGCUUUGCUGACAAUGUGGGCUAGCUUUAUGGAGACACAUCCCAGUAAGUAGUGGUGGUGUGUUGUUCUGUCUCAGGAGCAAAGGCAAAUGAUUGGUGUAGGUUUUGCUGCACUGGGAUUCUUUCAAUAAUUACUGUCUCUUGAAUGUAAAAGUCAGUAACUGCAACUGUUUAUCUUAUCAGUGGUUUACUUUAAUCAUUCCAAAAGGCAGAUCAAUGAAGUUUGCAGAUUUUAGAGGCCCAGGUGUGAAAGAGCAUUUAGGAGUCACUCUUUGUGUAUACAUGGUCAUCCUGGGCCACAACAAAACUGCUAGUCACAUGUACAUAAGUAUUUUUUAAGAAAGGUUUCACAGGCUAGUAUUACUUAAGAUAUGCCACUGAUUAAAAGUAAUCAAUAUAUAAAUACCUUAGUAAUAUAUCUGAUCAAACAAAAUUAAGUACUUAUAAGAAAGAUUUUAUAGAUUUUAUAAUUAUUUGUACACAAAAAUGUAUCAAUAGUGUAAUAAGGAUUUGAACUAAAAAGAAAUCUAUUAAUCGUCAUACCCCAGGCUAUGAUGAGGAUGUGAGGGUGUGGACAACCUACCUCAUGUUACCGUGGUGAAUGUUAACAAGGAUUGACUGGCAGAGCAUGAGCAUUGAAUGAGUCUUUUAAAUGGGAUGCCAAUCCUGUGGGUUGAUCUUCCAGGAUUUUGUUUAAUGUAAGAGAAGUACUGGUCAAUGGCAGGAAAUGUAUGAAAAAAGAUCCACUACAUCAUACCAUGAAUACACUAAGACAACUCCAAGAGGGAAAAAAAGUGAGAAAUAGUUUGAAUGGCAUUUAUUGGUAAUGAACUGGUAGCAGAUUAAGAUAUAACUAGCUUUAGCCUCUCCCUUUUUAGGAGUGAUAACUGUGUAGGGGCUUGCUGUGAUGACCUUGGUAUGAAUAGAAGUGAUGGGUGAGUGAAGCAAUGCAUCCUGGCACAUAAACUGUAUUGUUUGUUAUUUAACUGCUACACAUUUAAGUUCAAGGUUUGUUGUCAUUCAGUCCUCCCUGUGGCAUUGUGAGGGUGACCAAGUGUUGCCUUUUGUUGUUUGGAGUGUGAGAUGAGUUAAGCGGGGUGGUGUACAUGUAAAACAUGACAAUCGAUAUCUGAAAGUGAUUAUUCCUGAAGAAGUUUUAAGUUAUGUUUAGUGACUCGUAAUCCAUCCAAAGAAACUCCCUUUAGUCCUGAUGCGUGAACUGGUGUGAGUAAGGCAUGACUGUGUGGUCUGAUGGAAUUGUAAAAUGAGAUUCCUUUCCAGAAUAAUGUAGUCUUUAGUUUUAAGAAAGGCUGAGAUGAGAAAUUGAGCUUAAACCUUUGUUAAGAUCGAGGCUUAGAAGGAAUGUUGUUUUCCUGUAAGCCAAUCACAUGCCUGAUUUUGGUGGUUUGUAUUAAGUGCUUUAGUGUUUAUCUUUUUGACUAUGGCUAAUAAAUGUUAUUAUUAUUCAACACUUUUAUUAAGAAAAUAAGUGGUGCACAGUUUGAACUAGCCUUGACAGCUGUGAUGAAAGUUUACUCUGAUGAAAUAUUAUAUGUUUUAAUUUGUUGAAUUCAUAUUUAGUAUGUUUAAGCAACACCACAAAAAUUACAAAUAAAAAAAUGUUAUGUUU